GACAGCGGCGUCUCUUCUUCACUUCUCCGUUCCAUUAUUGCCCUUUACUGCUCGUUGGCUUCUUUCCUUAUUUCCUUUUUCGUCCCUCCGACUGCACAUCCUUUCGCAUUUCGCUACUUGGCUUCCCAAAAUACCGCCGUCUCCGCUCAUUCUCGCUGCUUGGCAUUCGAAGCCCGUCUUAUUCAUAUCCAACACACCUUCCUAAUACUACACAUACAAGGCGCAACCAUGAAGUUCUCGGCGCUCUUAGCAGCGCAAUUGGUGUCGUCGGCGGUAGCGAUCCAACUUGCGCCGCGAGGAGAGUACCCGAGAGUAGUAGGCCUCGACAUCCAGCGCCGACAUGUCGUCAACCCCGUCGCACACGAUCGGUUACGAAGACGGAAGACGGUCCAGCAGACCCUGGACAACCUCGAUACCCUCUACUUCGCAAACGCCAGCUUAGGCACGCCCCCGCAGAAAUUCCGGACACACAUCGACACAGGGAGUAGUGAUCUAUGGGUCAAUGCCGCAACCUCGCAGCUAUGCCAGCAGGGCGGUAACCAGUGUGGCGCCUCGGGCACAUACAACGCGAACGACUCUUCAACAUACCAAUACGUAAACGGAGCAUUCAACAUAUCAUACGUCGACGGGUCGGGGGCAUCGGGCGACUACGUCAAGGAUACAAUGCGCUUUGGCGGUCUAACAAUCAAAGAUUUGCAGUUCGGUGUGGGAUACACGUCCAGUUCACCAGAGGCCAUUCUCGGCAUCGGAUACACCAUCAACGAGGUCGCCGUGGGUCGCGGAGGACUCAAGCCAUAUCCCAAUCUACCGCAGAAACUGGUCGACGAUGGUACCGUUAACACGAAUGCCUACUCUUUGUGGCUAAACGACCUGGACGCGUCAACUGGAAGUAUUCUGUUUGGUGGUGUAGACUCGGACAAGUUCCAUGGCCAACUACAAACGCUGCCUAUUAUUCCCCAGAAUGGUGUCUAUGCAGAGUUCAUCAUUGCCUUGACGGGCCUAGGCCAGAACAACAAGAACGGGUCCAUCUUUCAGAACGAAAAUGUCGCCGUCUUGCUCGACUCUGGCUCAUCGCUUACGUACCUCCCCGACAAUGUGGUUCGCUCACUGUAUCAUACCUUCGACGCGCAGUACGACGCUUCGCAGGGCCUGGCUAUUGUGAACUGCGAUGUCGCCAACCAGGAAGGCACGCUCGACUUCAAUUUCUCCGGCGUCACCAUCUCCGUGCCCAUAAACGAGCUGGUCAUUGUGGCUGCCGUCUCUCGAGGCCAGCGCAUCUGCAUGUUCGGCGUCGGGCCCGCUGGCUCUUCGGGCUCUGUCCUCGGCGACACUUUCCUACGCUCUGCAUACGUCGUGUACGACCUCGCCAACAACGAGAUCUCCCUGGCGCAGACCAACUUCAACGCCACCACUGAAAACAUCCAGGAGAUCAAGAAGGGCUCAGAAGGCGUGCCCAACGCAACCGGCGUACCCAACGCUGUCUCAACAGCACCCGUGGGUACCUCCGGCCCCCGCAUCAACGGGCCUAGUAUAACCGGUGAAAUCAUCACCAAGAGCACCGGUGGAGCGAUGCCGGGUGCGAGCGCGAAUCCAUGGAUUGGCGGUGCUGCUGCCGCCGUGGGCGCGGGAGUCAUGUUGGGUUUCAAUGGCUUCUAAAAAGAAGUAAAGUCGAGCACGAGCUCCUUUUUUCCUUGUCUUGUAAAAUGAAUUCUUAUCGAUACAUAAGGCGCCAUGGCUGCAUUUGCUGGCGUUUAAAGAAGGCUGUCCCGGCAUUAUGGCUGCGAUUGGACUAGGCAUCCACUGCAUAUCUCUCACCGAAAAGGUUCGGUAUAUAUUUAUAUAUACAUUCAAUGAUUAUGAUCACUCUCGCUUCAUUGCGACACUAUUUCUGUCCAUUUUCCCGUCUGUUUGAUGUACUAUUCUAUGCUACAACCCAGCGAAAUUGACGCUUGCUGCUCUACACUUACUCAUACGCAGCCUCAUAUUCUCUCCCCCAUCUCUUGCAUCGUACGCUCA